AUGAAAAUUCUAAUUUGGCACAAAGUAUGGUUAUCGGUGGCUUUAUAUCUGACAAUAAUUGUGAUUUUAUUCAAAAAAAAUGUUUUUUAUGUUUUUGAAACGACUCCACAAGCAUCUUUUACGGAUCUCUUAAACAUCACGAAUUUUGAAUUUUUGAUUCAACAACCAGAAUGCUCAGCAGAUCCCUUGGACUUGUUAGUUUUGGUUCAUACAGCACCCAAAAAUUUCUUAAAACGUCAAGCCAUUCGUCAUACGUGGGGAAAUUACACGGAAAAUAGCAAAUUUGGCAAAUAUCGAAUUUUAUUUCUCCUUGGAAUGGUCCAUACGAAAGUUGAGCAAGCCGAAUUAAUUCUGGAAAAUGGAAUUUUUGAAGAUUUGGUGCAAGGAAACUUUAUCGAUCAUUAUCACAAUAUGACUUACAAGCACGUAAUGGCCCUCAAAUGGUUUGAAAAUUUUUGCAGUAACGCCAAGUUGUUGUUAAAAGUAGAUGACGAUGUGUUAGUAAACUUGCCGUACAUUUUAACAUCAACAAAGACAAAUUUUUGGCAAGCUCUUGAAAAUGAAGAUGGAGAUUUUAUUUUCUGCAAAGAAUGGGCUAAACCGUUAAUCGAUAGGAAUAAUAACUCAAAGUGGUAUGUGUCGAAGAACGAUGUGCCGGGAUUUUAUUAUCCGAAUUUUUGUUCCGGAUCUGCGAUCUUUUAUGCUCCGCAUACUGUAAAAGUGCUCCUUAACGAAAUAAAAUUCGUCAAAUAUUUGUUCAUGGAUGACGUCUUUGUGACGGGAUUAGCGAGAAAUCGAACGAAAAUCAGUAUAACUCAUUAUGGCAUCGUUUGGAAUAACAAAUUGGAUGAUGUUAAGAAAAUAGAUCGAAAUCAGAAGAUUAAGAAUUUCUUCAUUGGACCGUACAAUAUUGAAAUUACUGAUGAAUAUUGGAAGAAAAUUCAGAUUUUGAACCAACGAUACAACAUUGCAUAA